AUUUUUAAACUUAAAAGUAAAAAAAUGCCAUUAAAAAAGGAGCGCAAAAAAGACAAAAUUGCCACAAGUGAAAAGGGCACCAUAACAUGUCACUCUAUCACUCCAGGACCUAAAUAUCAACUUAAAACACUUGUCGGUCACAAAAAUCACUGUAUCUCAAGAUAUCGAAACCCAGCAUACACAUUUGGACAUCGUCGUGUCAUCUUCGAAGUGAUACAAAGUCCAGGACCAAAGUACUUGAUCAAAGAACGUAGACCCAAGGGAUUUACCUUCGGAUAUACCUUAAAACAUCGUGAUAUCAUCCUCGGACCUGGUCCAAAAUAUAAGUUGCCCGAUGUCCCUCAAGGUCCUUUUUAUUCAAUAAAAUGGAGAACUAAAUUUAGGAAAACUGAUGGAACUCCAGGACCUUAUCACAUCAAACCUAUUAUAGAUACGCCAGCGUUUUCCAUGGGAUUGCGUACAGCUGCGAAGAAGCCCCAAAUUACUCCAGGUCCCUAUGCAUACAGUUUGAACGCAGUGAAACCAAGAGCACCGAUGUAUACUAUGGCUAGUACUAGGCGUGUAUUACAGUUAAUUUCCGAAAGUCCAGGUCCGAUGUAUGCCAUUUUACCACCUAAACCGACUCCCGCUUUUUCGUUCGGUGUAAAACACAGCAAAUGUGCACCACCUUAUAUUACUAAGUGCGACGAACAGUGCUAAUAAUGCUGAAGAAAGAACUUGUCUGUAUCGAAUUAUAAGACUGUAAUGAAUACACAUUGAACUAAUA